AUGUCGGCUCUAGAAGCAUUCGUGAAGAAGAGCGCUUCGCCGGCACCGAGCUCACCUGUGCCACGGCCUGUGGCGACGAAUGCAAGAGUCAAAGCUGCUGCACGACUUCACGGUGACAUGUAUCUGUCAUACGUGAACAAUGCACUGGCCGUUCGUGGAGAGCCCUAUGCGCAACUUCUUGCACGAUUUGCGCUGCACGAUCUCCCGCCCGAUGGGCCUUCUCCGACGGCUGAACUCAAAUCUUGGCUGCAGGCGCUCGCUCACGUCGUAUCACGACUGGACCAAAGCCACAAGACUCUGGUCGAAGCCAUCGUUCGCAUGCCAUGGCCAGCACUCGAUGCUUCAUUUGUACGGGCACAUUCACAAUUUAUCGGCAUACUCGUCUCCGCUCGACCGGAAUACCUCUCGCUGGUCUUGGACACACUCGCACAUGGGCUGACAUAUGCGCCCUUGCCUCCGUCCCUACCGCACUCUCCGCCAGUGACCCGAGGACAAGUCUACGACCGCAUUCACGAUUUACUCCAACACCUGCUCACGCUGGUCCCUACCCUCCCAUCAACACUGCUGCCGCUCCUAUCUCGUGCAUUCCCCCACAAACGACUACCGCGCGCACAUACAGUCGCAUAUGCGCGAAACCUCUUGAAGGUCGCCAGUUACGCGCCGGAACUGCAUGAUCGCAUCUUAGCGCUCGUCGUGGAUCGGGCGCUUCAGAUCGACGUCGAGAUCCAAGUGGAAAUCGAAGAGCUCGAAGAGGCCGCCGCGGAUGCCGGCGUAAGCGCCGAGACCGCAUUUGAGCUUGAUCUCGAUCCGUUUGAGGUCGUUGUGGGACAGGAGGGCGGAGAGGAGGACGAGGACGAGAAGGAUGAUGGAGGACCUGACGGGGAUGGGUUUUCGGACCUGAGUAGUGAUGUUGAGGGUGAACUUGACCUGGACGACCCACCACCGAAGGGGCAGGAUGUUCUCGACGUGCCGCAUAUACGGGACAUGGUUGGCAAACUGGACGCCCUACUGGACGUCUUAUUCUCACAUAUCGACACCCUUGCGCAUCCAAGACCGCCGUCACCGACCUCAGCACCGUCUACCCCGAUAUCACCCACGAAGGGCAAAGGGAAGGAGAGGGAACUAGAUCCUGAAGAGACCGAGGAGACACUCCACGCCGCCUUCUUCGCGUUCCUAGCCAUCUUUGACCGUUCAAUCCUCCGCACCUUCAAGUCCCGCCACACUCAAUUCCUCCUCUUCCACCUAUCGCAAAUCCGACCUCUAUUUGCAGAAGAGUUUCUCGGCGCACUCGCGCAUACCGCCUUCCUCCCACCGUCCGCCACAAAUCCCAAUCAGACGGUGCCGAGCGUGACGAGGGCGGCGGCGGCGGGUUAUCUGGGCAGCUUCGUCAGUCGAGCGAAGUGCGUCGACGGCGAGGGUGCAAGGAGAGCGGUGAGGAUCGUGUGCUACUUCCUUGAAGCACAGUGUGAGGCCGUCGAGAAGAAGACGGGCGCCGGUGCUCCAGCUGCAGUCAUCUACGCUGCAUGUCAGGCGCUCUUCCUCGUCUUCUGCUUCAGAUGGCGCGAGUUGAAGGUUCCCGUGGAGGAGGGUGAAGAUGAAACUGGGGAGGGAGAGGGGAAGUGGAUGCCCGAGUUGGACGUGAUACCGCGCUUGCUGGCCAGCGAGCUCAACCCACUCCAGGUCUGCGCCGCACCUGUAGUCGAGCAAUUCGCACACGUAUCUCGGGCAUCCGGCUUCGCGUACAUCUACCCGCUCCUCGCAUCGGCUCGCCUUCACCCACUGCCCACCGCAACCCGCGAAAGACUCCUGGGCGAGCUGGGCACAUUCUUCCCUUUCGAUCCGUACAGGUUGCCGAGGAGCGCAAGAUGGGUUGAGGAGGGGUAUAGGGAAUGGAGCGAGGUCGCUGUUGAGGGCGAUGAUGACGAAGAGGAGGAGGAUGCCGAGGAAGACGAUGAUGAGAAAGAAGACGAUGUCGACCUCGGUGUGAGCUUUGGCGGGAUGAGUAUCUCGCCAGCUGUUCCAGCCGGGUUUGCAAUGAGCGUCUCGGUCGGGUGA